AUGGCUUUCCAGGAGGAUGGGAACCACACUGCAGUGACAGAGUUUAUUUUAUUGGGAUUAACUGAUGACCCAGGCCUUAGACUCGUCCUCUUCACCAUCAUCCUGUGCAUCUACCUGGUGACCGUGUCUGGGAACCUCAGCACCAUCCUUCUCAUCAGAGUCUCUUCCCAGUUCCAUCACCCCAUGUACUUUUUUCUCAGUCACCUGGGUUCUGCUGACAUAGGCUAUUCAUCUUCUGUCACACCCAAUAUGCUUGUCAACUUCCUGGUGGAGAAAAAUAGCAUUACGUACCUAGGCUGUGCCAUCCAGCUUGGCUCAGGUGCUUUCUUUGGGACAGUUGAGUGCUUUGUUCUGGCUGCCAUGGCUUAUGAUCGCUUUGUGGCAAUCUGUAGCCCACUACCAACCAAGAUGUCCACAAGAGUCUGCAUCCAGUUGAUGGUAGUAGCGUACGUAAGUGGUUUUCUUAAUGCUUCCUCCCUCACCCUUUCCUUCUUUUCUUUUUUCUUCUGUGGACCAAAUAAAAUCAAUCAUUUUUUCUGUGAUUUUACUCCUUUAGUUGAACUCUCUUGUUCUGAUGACAGUGUCCCUAUUAUUCUUGCCACUAUUUCUGUUGGCACUGUCAUUUUGAUCACAGUGCUUGUCAUUGUGGUCUCCUACAUCUACAUCCUUGUCACCAUCCUGAAGAUGCGCUCCACUGAGGGCCGCCACAAGGCCUUCUCCACCUGCACCUCCCAUCUCACUGCAGUCACUCUGUUCUAUGGAACUGUCACAUUCAUUUAUGUGAUGCCCAAGUCCAGCUACUCCACGGACCAGAACAAGGUGGUGUCUGUGUUCUACAUGGUGGUGAUCCCCAUGUUGAACCCCCUCAUCUACAGCCUCAGGAACAAUGAGAUUAAGGGUGCUCUAAAGAGACAACUUGGUAGGAAAAUAUUCUCUCAGAGACAUCUGUUACAUUGUAGGACUUGA